AUGAAGCUGGCUCGAUCGGAAGGAAUCGAUUCUCAACUGAAAAAAUGGAAGAAAACCAUGUCCCCGAUACAAGCCGUGCUUGCUGAUGCAAGCCAGAAGCAGAUAAAAGAGAGGGUUGUUCAACUGUGGGUCAACGAUCUCCAGGAUUUGGCUUACGACAUAGACGAUGUACUCGAUGAUUUGGCCACAGAAGGUCUGCGACGCAAGUUGAAUCAAGAAACUAGUGUCAACAGCAGCACUAGUAAGGUAUUGAAGCUUGUCCCGAAUUGUUGUACUAAUUUCACUCCUCACAACAUUAUGUAUGGUCGGAAGAUGAGUUCUAAACUAGAUGAGGUCACCACCAAAUUGCAUGAUCUUGUUGACCAGAAAAAUGAUUUUGGUUUGAAGGUGAAUGUUGAAAGGUCAAAUAUAACAGAGAAACGGUUGGAGCAAAAUUCACUGGUUGAUGAGUCCAAAAUCAUGGGUCGGGAAGGGGAUAAAGAGGCAUUGAUGGGGAAGUUGUUGGGGGAAGAAGAAUGUGAUGAAAGUGUGAGCGUAGUGUCAAUAGUUGGUAUGGCUGGCAUUCACACACUCAUACGCUGA